AUGACUACACUGGUCAAGAAUUUAUCCGGAGGGGAGAAGAAACGGCUCUCGAUCGGUAUGGAAUUGAUUACCAAUCCGCCAAUUAUUCUGCUAGAUGAGCCAACCAGCGGACUGGAUAGUGUCUCGGCGAUGCAUUUAGUUCGAUUCAUUAAAACGCUGGCGCAGGAAGGACGGACGGUUAUUAGUGUGAUUCAUCAACCGGCUUCCAGUUUGUUUCAACUGUUUGACGACGUAUUUCUGCUGUCGGCGGGCAAGUGUAUCUACAGUGGACCGAUUGACGAUCUGGUGGGUAGUUUGGGUGAAGCUGGAUUCCACUGCCCCCGGUACUAUAACCGAGCGGAUUUCG